GACAGUUCAACGGAAUUUUUGCACAAAUAAACAUAUUAGUUCGGUUUAUUUUUUCAACACGUGAUGUAAUUUUUUAUUGUGAUCGUGAAAUUGUGUAAUUUUGUGGAUAUUUACAUUCGGAUUUGAAAUCUAUUAUGGCAUGUUCAAACAAGUCAGAGUCCAUAAGCGAAAGUCCAGUCACCUUAGUGAUUCUGGCUCUGGGUAUUGGCAACUUCAGCUCGAUCGUGAUCUAGUAGAUACCAUAUCUGCGAUAUAUCCUGAGUGGUUUCGUAACAACAUGGCUGAAGGGGAGGAUCCCCCACCAGCCCCAGGGAGUCACCUCCUAAGGCUGUAAUCGAUACUUCUCCCCAUUGCGAUUGAUCAAAAUAAAGAAUCCCUCAAGGUGAAAUUGCUACUGAGAAGACCUUUUGAUCAGCUGGUGGCCCAAGGAAUCAUGCCCCCUCACAAAACACCUGCUGCCUAUCAUGGCCAGAGGCGUCAAUUGGAGAGGGCUAAGACUGGUGAUAUGUUGAAGGCGAAGAUUCAACAGAGGCCUCCUCGACAGGAGUUAGAAAGACGUCACAUUCUGGAAGUAGAUCCAAGCCAUGUGGACCCAAGCUUAGCAGAACGUCAGAGAAUGUUAAAGAAGGCCAAGCUAGCUGACCAUCUUAAUGAUCAAUUAUCACACAGGCCCGGACCAUUGGAACUUAUUCAAAAGAAUAUUCUUCAUACUGAGGAACCAAUAGAAGAGGCUGUAAAAACUGGUAGAAUAUCAUAUAAGGCUACCAGUGAAGGUCAGCUUCACAGGCCACAACUACCUUCCAACUAUGUUAAUCCCGAAGAAGAUUCUCAAAGUUCUGAAGGUGAUAACAGAGUUAGUCCGGGUCCUUCGGAUGUCCUGGAAACAGCAGCGAAAUCCGCCGGAAUAGUUGUGUCCCUUUUACAACCAACGGAGACUGUGGUUGUAACUUCGUCGAGCCCCAUAUUGAAAAAAGACAAUGACGUUAUAUUCGCGGAUCUGUGUAGAUCAGUGGCAGCGCCGCUCCUAUCUCAGGCAUCCGCCUCUUCCCCUGCCUCCUUAGUGUCUUCCACCUCAACCUUAAGCCCCCUUUCCAGUGUUGCGAGUCCAAUUAUGUCACAACCUGCAACACCUGCUCCCCCUCCUCCGCCGCCCAUUUCCUUAAUAACUCGUACAGUGCAAUCGCCGGUAAGAAGUGAUUCCGUUAAGGAUAAAAAUAGGAAAAAGUCCAAAACGAAAUCAAUGCCAAAAACCCGCACUAUUAAAUUCCAUGAAUAUAAAGGACCACCUAAUGCUCAGAAAAAUUCCAAUUCGAGUUCAUCCCAAGAAGAAAGUUCAUAUGACUUAUUACUAAAACAACAAACGUUGCUUCUACAAUUUCAAUUGCAGUUGCAGCACAAAUAUCCACAAAUUAUCUUGCCGGCUUCACAAAAGUCAAUUUCUUCAGAUAGUAGUAGUAAUAGUAAUAAUAAUAUUAAUAUCCAACAGCCGUCACCUUCUCCUUCCACAUCUUCAGAAUCUUCGACGCCCUCUAGAAUAACUGGUAGAUUAGAAGAUAUGAAAGUUAGUGAUUUAAAAGCCGAAUUAAAGCGCCGUAGCCUGCCGGUUUCAGGCUCUAAGCCACAACUUAUUGAAAGACUUAAACCCUUCACUACUUCUAAUGAUAUUAUUAACCACAAUCCCCCAUCUAUAGACUCAUCUAUCCACAGUAAUGCGAGUAUGGAUCAAGCACAUAAUUCCCCCAUUUAUCAGAAUAUAGAUUCUCCACAAGACAGUCUUAAAGAUGAGAAACCCGAGCAGAUGGAUUUGGAUCCGACGAGUCCAGCUCCUCAACCCAUGCAGGAACAAUACAUACAAUACAAAAUUCAUCAGAGUCAAGAAGCUGCUCAGCAAAAAUCUAAUGAACACGAGGAUAUAGUUAGAGAACAACAAAGACAAAUUGAAGAACUACAACGAGAGCUAACGUUGUCUCAGCUAAAACUACAAGCUGCAACUAGAUCGGAGCCGAAAGCUCAGAUGAUCGCUCUUCAGAAACACCUGCAAGCGAGACAGCAACAACAACAGCAAAGAUUACAACAACAGCAGCAGCAACAACAGCAGCAACAACAACAGCAGCAGCAACAACAGCAGCAACAACAGCAGCAGCAACAAAAUUUCGUUUUGCAGAUGAAGCAGUUGCAAGCGUUGCAGUCCAGACAAGCUGCGAAUGAAGAACAGCAAAGGUUACAACAACAGCAGCAGCAGCAACAACAACAGCAGCAGCAACAAAUUAACUUCCAAAAUCAGAAAAAUAUAACUGGUGGAUUAAUUUUAAACAGUGCUGAGGCAGCUCUCAUGUUCAACCAACUAAUGCAAAACAAAGCGAAGAUUCUCAACGGGCACAACAGAAGCACUUCAUCUCCAAAUGUACUGAAUCCCAUCAUAACUCCAAUAAUAGCUACACCUGACAUAAAAGAAAUAAAAGCUGAAUACAUAGAAGACCAAAGAAUACCGAAAGAAGUAAAGAUAGAGUUCGCGGAUGAAAUUAAGCCCCCUCCACCUCAGUAUAGCGAAGCUACAAAACAAAUGAAUAAAAAGAAUCAUAUAAAAAGUCAGAUAGUUGACGACGUUUUAGAAAUAUUAAUUAAAAACGGGGAACUGCCGCCCAGUGCCGCUAAUGAUCCUCUUACUCCAAAUUCCGCUGGCACUAAAUCGACUGAACCUAUGUACCCUACUUCGGUACAUAAUCAUAUGGAUGAUAAUCAUAACCACAACGGUACUGCGAUGGAUCCUGACGGUCCGGAGGCCACUUUGGGAAUUGAUCCAUCCGAUUUACUAGAGACUUUAGAUAAUUUAGAAAAUAUGGAUUUUUCUCAGUUAGUGAUGGAACUAGGGGGUCAAAAUUCACAAGAGAACAACAACUUCAACAACGACCACCAACAAGAAGAAGACAUCGCCAUGGACACCGAUGAUUGGUUAGAAUCACUUCUACCUUCUGAGACAGUCUAUCACAGCAAUAAUAGUUCUAAUUCAGCUCCUUUGGCCACUCAAGAAACUGAUCUGGGAGGUUAUGAUCCAUUGAUGGGAAUCGCUCAGGAUCCGUUCGAUCCGUUCAAUUUGGAGGAAUUUAGAACGCCAGCUGACUUGACGGCUUCUUUAUCCUGGGAUAAAAUAGACUACGCGGCAUAGUUGACGAGGGGUUUAUCCGUAUGUGUGAUUGUCGGUGCAGUGUUUAGCUGAAACUUCCCAUCUAGAAGAGUUUCCCAUCUAGAAGAAAAUAUAUCUAAUGGACAUUUAGACUCUGGAAAAAAAUCCACCAUAAUAAACCAUCGCACUGCUUAUUCCAAUGAUGUGAAAUUCCACUCGGUUACAGAUUGACAUUCCACAAAAGAUGGCCGUCGAUUUCGCCUUCCAUUUGGCGGAGGCGCGGGACCAGGACGGCCCAAUCGGCCAAGGGAACACAUCAACGUAAAAUGUUAAAUGAAACAAAAUAUUUAUUGUAACAUUGUAUAUAUACGUUAUACAUACCUUAUACAUAUGUACUAAUUUGUCUUAGGGUACACAAGAGGUAAAUUGUUGUUUUUAUUUUUUAUGAGGUGAAUUUUGUAGAAAUUACUUUUGUGUAAUGUUUGUGCUAGGAAAAUUUCAUUAACAUGUUGAUGGAAAUAAUAAUCUCGGCGUUUUUGUAGUUAAUAGUCUAAUUCAAUAUUUUCACGGAAAAUUUUGUUGGUUUUUAUCCAUAAUCCCUCGAGUAGCGUAACUAAAUAAAUAUGAUAAUAAUUACUUAAAGUAAGGUAGUAAUUCUAGUAUAUACAGAGAGAGAGAAAGAGAGUAUAUAUAACGCUGCAAAGUCUGCUGGAGGUCGGUACAGUUUAUUGCUGUACAUAAUUCAAAUACAACACCCUCUAUAAUUUAGUACUAAAUUAAAGUUUUGUUUGAAAACGAAUGAUUGUGAUCAGUCCCUUAAAUGGUUUUCAGCGACGAUUGUAAAGGAUAUUUGGUUUCCCAUACCAUUGAAAUCCCAAAUUUCAAACACAUUUUUUUGUUUUCCUGUCCACACAUGAAGGUGCUCAACACAUGUUUUGCAUACAACAUACGGCACAACACAAGUUUUAUCUUGAUCUAGAGAAGAACACUAAAAUGUGCAGUAUACCUUUUUUACAAACGCACAAACUAAUUUUCUAUUUUCUUUUAAUAUAUAUUUGCUACAUACGUACAGUUGGUACAGUAUAAAGCCCGAUACACGUCGUUAUCUACGUCAGAGAUCCAAGUUGACAUUGUUGGCCAAAUUACAAAAAAAUUCCUGAAAUAAUUUUAAAUAAAAUAUUUCACAUAAUUGCAGAAGUGGAUUGUAAAACAAAUCAAGUUAGUAUUCAAUG